UCAACAUUAUCUAGACCCACCUAUCUUCUCCUCCACCUGCAACCAUCAAUAUUGUCUAGAUCUAACCAUAUUCUCCUCCAUCCGUCGCCGCCACCACCACUCCUUAGACCUAACUAUCUUCUCCUCCACCGGCAACCAUGAACAUUGUCCAGAUCUAACUAUCUUCUCCUCCAUCCACCGCCGCCACUUCCACUCUCUAGAUAUGUUUGCCCUCGUAAAUCCAUCAUCUAUGUGUUUCCUCUUAGGUGAGAUUGUGGUAUUCUAAGGCACCGGCGCACUGCACCAUCCGCCCUUUCCCGACGCACCACAGUCGCUGCCCAGGCCAUCCUCUUUUUACAUCUUGGAUGAAGACGGCGAGAUCCAAAGUCAAAGGGAGCAUAUUAGAACUAAAUGCAUAUUUCCCAGGCUUCCAUGGAAAUCUCAUUGUUCAAGUGCAGUAAGUGCGUUAAGAUAUUCAACUAGGAUUAUAGCAAGGCCCAGACGCGCCGCACCAUUCACCCUUUUCCAGCGCACCACAACCAUUGCCCCACUUGGAACGGAGAAGACGAGAUCUAAAGUCAAAGGUUUUUUCUGUACAAUAUCCUCAGACAAGUAGCCGUGGAAAAGAAAGGCAUGGCAAAACCAUUGAUGAGGAAGGUUGCAGAGUGAGCUGCAAUUACUGCGUUAAGGUGGUUUUUCGAGUUACAACCGCCUAGAGCACCAUUUAGCAGACAUCAGGGGCAAUGCCAGCACAAGCUUAAGGAGUUCACUUGUGGAUCGCAAGAAGAGAAAGCUUGGAUGCUCAGAAAAAUGAAGAAACGGAAGCAUGAACAUGAUGAGGUUCCUCACACAAGCCCAGCCCUUCCAUCUGCUCAAGUCCAGCAACCACAGCUACAACCAACUGUGUCCAAUAACCGCUGCUUUCUUCAUUUUCUACCAUAUUUGAGGCAGCCCAAGGAAAUCACAUAUAAUUCUUGUCAACUGAAACCCAAGGUUGAGGCAAGUGAUUACUUCGAUUCUCCGUCAGCAAAAUCAAUAGGCAAGUUCUUCUCCAAACCUGCACCUGAGCCUACGUACGAAGCUGUUCUGCAGGAGCAACUAAGAGAAACUGAGAACCGCGCAAAGGAACUCAAGCAAGAGUGGCAAACAAGUGGCUGCACUGUAAUUGUUGAUAGUUGGAAGAGCAAGUGUGACAAAAGCUUCGUAAGUGUCCUGGUGCACUGCAGCAAAGGUACGCAGUUCCUCACAUCCAUUGACGUCUCUGAAAUCACUGAGGACUUGGAUGAGCUAGAAUCAAUGCUUUCUCGCGUGGUUGAUGAUGUCGGUGCCCAUAACAUUGUUCAGAUUGUCAUGAAUGACGUGUCACCCCAUAUGCAGAUGGCACGGCAGUAUGUGCUAAAUAAAUAUGACAGUUUUUUCUUCGUGCUAUGUGCUGACCAUUGCAUCAACCUUCUGCUUGAGAAAAUAGCAGCGCUCGAGCAUGUCAGUGAAGUCCUAAUGAAGGCAAGGGAAAUUACAAGGUUUUUAUAUGGCCAUGCACUGCCAAUGAAACUGAAAGGAAGAUAUGUUCAGGUGGAGAUUUUGAGCAGUUCUUAUCUGAGAUUUGUGGCAGUGUUCAUCACAUUAGAGAGGUUAGUUUCUGCAAGAGUAGGUCUGGUGCAGAUGUUCAGCUCGCCUAAAUGGGUUCCCUCUGGUUGGGCUUGUCUUGAUUUGUUUGAGCAUAUCCAGAGCAUAGUAAAGACAGACGAUGAAUUUUGGCAUGCUGCUGCUGAAGUCGUGAAGGUUACAAAACCACUUGUCAGUGUGUUGUAUAAACUGGAAUCUGAUAUCUGUCCGAUGGGUAUCUUGUAUGAAGCCAUGGACAGAGCAAAAGAAGAGAUAUCUCUCAGUGUCGGAUAUGAAAGUGACUUCUAUUGGUGUAUGAUUGACAGGAUAUGGGAUGGUUACUUGCAUAGUCCCCUCCAUGCUGCUGGUCAGAUGCUAAACCCAAGGUUCUUUUACACAGCUGGAUUCCAGCCUGAUGCUGAGAUCAGCGGCGGCAUCGCGGCAUGCACAAUCCAACUGGGCAAGGCUCAUUACAAUGCCAGAAAAGCGUCUGCACAAUUGGAAGUGUAUGAAAAGAAGUUGGGCUAUUUCGACACAGAUCCAGCAAUGCAGCAAAUCAUGGAAUUACCACAAGUUGAAUGGUGGUCGACCCACGGGGCUCGCGUGCCCGACCUGCAGACCCUGGCAAGGCGGGUCCUGAGCCAGACGUGCUUCGGCGCCACCAGGUACAACAUCGACCGGAGCCUGUCAGAGAAGCUGCACGCUCAGUGGGACGAGAUGACGCCGCCCGAGCAGGAGAGGUUCCGGCAGAAGGAGUACGUCCACUACAACCGCGUCCUCGCCCGCGCCGCCCCGCUCCUGCACGGAUCCUCCGUGAAGCAGCACGACAGGGUGACCAUGGUGCUGCACGACUGGAUCAGGCCGCAGAAACAUGCCGCUGGUUGCCACUGAGUGACGGCCUUCAGAGUUGAUGCUUUCGCCUCUCCUCCGUCCUGUUAUGUGUAUGUGUGUGUAUGCUGCUGUAAUGGUGUGCAGCAGUAAUCUGUCGGAUGCUCACUAGUGGCACUCCCUUGGUACUGUCGUGGUCUGUUAUGUUGUUGAAACCCUGCUGAAUUUCCAAGUUUGUUAUGUUGUUGAAACCCUGCUGAAUUUCUUGAACUCCUGUUGGAUUACCAAGUUUGUUAUGUUGUUGAAACCCUGCUGAAUUUCCAAGUUA